AUGGUAGUAGCCCAAGAUACAAUCAACAUUCCCGGCGCUUUAUAUAACAAUGACACGUCACCGAAAAAUUGGCCCAGGAUGUUUAUCGACUCAGUCGGUAAGCAGUCUAUAAAGUUUCGCGAAUACCCGGACCUCGAGAGUGCCGUCAAUUCCGUACGCAAUGGACUUAAUUAUUUGGCGCUUGAGUUCAGACAAAACUUUUCCGACGCUUUCGAGACACGAGUGACCGAUCCGUUGAGCGCUACGGAUGAGGAGUUGAACCAAAGUGGCAUAUAUUUGUACCUUGAUUAUACAGUGUUCUGUUUCACAAAUGAGCAUGGGUUAAUGUCGUUGAAGCAUUUAAUCACCGGAUUUAACAAAUUUCUGGAUAAAUUAGGAAUCGAACUUGGGCAGCCUAAUUUAUACAAAUUAAACACUCCCAUACAAAUAAUCGAGGUGCUUUACGGUCAUAUAGAUAAAGCAUUCAUCACAUUUGAUCUAUUUGGCACUCCCGUACUCGUAAUGAUGAUUGUAUUAAUGCCCAUGGUACUAUCAUCGGUGGUUAUGAUGACCGCAAAGUCAAAAAGCACUAUUGAGAGGGUGUUUGUAGCGGGUGUUAAGCCUCACGAGUAUUUUAUGGCUCAUAUGGCCCGUGGAAGUUUUCUGGAAAUAUUUGUGUUGCUGUUUAUGGAGACAUUUGUUGGAAUAUCAUAUGGCUUACUAUUAACCUUACUUCUACCUAAUGUGAUUUCGCUCAUGGGUUCAUUAUUUGGACUAUAUUUGCCGAUUGCUUUUAUAUCGGGCAUUGUAUGGCCCGUGGAGGCCAUUCCUAGCUAUUUUAGGUUCGUGUCCUAUUUGAGUCCAAUCACCUUGCCCCUUAUGUCAAUAAAAAACAUAAUGGUCCGAGGUUGGGACUACACGAGACCUGAACACUGA